AGACAUAUUUUAAAAUUACUUUGUGGACGAUUAUUCACUUAAUUUGCUCUAAUGCCAACCAGCAGCACGGCCACUGUCAGUCAGCUGGGUAGAGGUGGGGUCACAAAGAGCCAAGAUGGCGGACUUUGAGGAGCCGCUGUCAGAUGAGGAGAAGGUCCGCAUAGCAGCCAACUUUGUGACUCAUGCCCCCCCGGGAGAGUUCAAUGAGGUCUUCAAUGAUGUGCGGCUUCUUCUCAACAAUGACAACCUCCUCAGGGAGGGGGCAUCACACUCCUUUGCCCAGUACAACAUGGAUCAGUUUACUCCUGCCAAACUAGAGGGCUACGAAGAGCCGGUUCUGAUCACAGAGCACGGUGACUUGGGUCAGGGACGUUUCCUCGACCCCCGCAACCGUUUGGCGUUCCGCUUUGACCACCUAAGAAAAGAGGUGAGCGACGUGCAGCCAUAUGAAGGAGAGACGGCCCUGAGAAGCUGGAGAGAUGCCUGUGAUAGUUCCCUGAGUGCCUACGUCAAAGAGCACUAUCCCACCGGAGUCUGCACGGUAUAUGGGAAAACGGUCGAUGGUCAGCAAACUAUCAUAGCCUGCAUUGAAGGACAUCAGUUUCAACCCAAAAACUUCUGGAAUGGUCGCUGUAGGUCAGAGUGGAAGCUUACCAUCGGUCAGUCCACUGCUCAGGUGGUGGGGGUGUUGAAAAUCCAGGUGCACUAUUAUGAAGAUGGGAAUGUGCAGCUGGUUAGCCAUAAGGAGGUAGAGGAAUCAAUACCAGUGACUAAUGAAAGCCAGACAGCCAAGGAAUUUGUUGACAUUAUUGAGAAUGCGGAAAAUGACUACCAGACUGCAAUCAGUGAGAACUACCAGACCAUGUCUGACACCACCUUCAAGGCCCUGCGUCGCCAGCUGCCUGUCACACGCACCAAGAUCGACUGGAAUAAGAUCUUAAGUUACAAAAUUGGCAAGGAGAUGCAGAAUGCCUAGUGGAAGGUCAGGAACUUAACCAGGGGAGACUCAUGCUCCACUGGGCCCCACAACAACCCGCCUAUAACAUGCGCAAGGACUAACCAAAGCAAAGCUAUAUCAGUAUGGGGCAAGGAAUUAAUAAAAAAAAAAAAACGAAACAAAAAAAAGUAUAACUGAAGAUUUGCAGACAAUUAGGCACAGAUAUCCGUCUGCUGUAAGGAAGGUUGCGGUUAUGGAGAUAAUCGUGGUUUUGGAGAAAGUGGCAACUUCUGGGUGUGUGUUGUGAAAGAAUUGUGUUGGGUUCAGCGAGCAGGGCUGUGCUCAGGACGGCUACAUUAAAAGAUGUAAAUCUUCCGUAUAAGGACUCAAAAGACCUCCAAAGAUUCAGGAUGUCAGAAGUUACAAUAUUUUCCCUUAGUCAAACUGAUCCACACCUGUGAUCGUGUCACAGUGGAGAUCUCAGCACACGGGGGAAAAAAAACACACAACCGCACAAGGCAGCUGAUGAGAGAAAUUAAGCACACCAUCACAUAUCAGGGGUUGAUUUUUUUGGGAUAAGAAAAUAAGAAUUUUUUUAAAGUUUUUGUUUGUUGUCAUGAAUGGAGGAAUUGGAUGCAUCAGUAAAAAUCUGGGUUUUGACAAGAAAAUGAAUAGCCGUCAUACCAAGCUUAAUCCUGAACUGACAACUUAGUUAAACGUUUGCUAAUGAAAUUGACAGUAUUUCUACCUGUUGUUAACAUUUAGCAGUGGCAUGAUCCUCAGCAUAGCUCUGUUCCUGCACUGUAGUAUGUUUGUCGGUGUCUGUCAGGGCUGAGGGAGUGUUAAACUUGUCUUCUGUUGUGCUCCACUGAUGUAAAUGUGUCUCUCCACCCAUGCAAAGAAAUGAUGACUGAAUUAAGAUAAAGCAACUUCUACGCCGUUGCAUCUAUAAUGCAUUCUCUGUUCUGUUACUUCUGGCAACACCACCUCCCAUCGCUGUACAGCUUUUCCUUUGUGAAAAGGAAAACAUACUCAUUAUUAACCAAGAUUUAUUUGCCAAAAUCUCUUUCCUAUGGUAAAGAACUCCAUCCUCCUACCCAUGUAUGCAAAAUUUCUAUUUUAAUACGCUGGUUUUUUGUUGGAGUCUUAGAAUAUUGCACUCUUUAACUGUAACAAACUGACUGUGUAUUGGUCAAUGCCAAGUGAACGCAAAGCAGUUGCCAUGUAAGGCAAGAUCAUAUACUAUAUAUUUACGUUACAUGACUUCUGUCAGGCCAUAUCAUACUGUAUGUGUUACAUAAUGUCUAAGUAGGCUGACUCUGGAUCAGUUACUUGUUAGCUAUACUAUGUGCUGUGUUCAACCCUCACACUAUACUACAACUGUGUGCCGAUCAGUUAUAAAGUUCAAGACUGUACUGCCCCAUUCUGUUGUACAAAUAAAUGGACUGAACAUC